AUGCGUUCAAUCGCUGCCGUUGUCGGCGCCCUCCUGCUUCUCCUCCCUCUAGCCAGUGCCCGGGCGGUCCCUAGUGAGGUGGUCUCUGCCACCGACACCCAGGAUCGCGCGAAAGACGACAGCAUCUAUUGCGGAUGGGGCUACACCGGCAAAGGCCAGCAAGGCCAGCCAGUUGCGCUCCUCGCUAACGGGGUACGGUCUAACCGAUAUCCUGCGCUGAACAGCGCCAUCGUGACUUGGGGCUGCACUUGCGAAUGGAUUGGCCAGAAAGAUUGUGAUCCAUUGGGUUACUACUUCGUAUCUGGCAUGUUCAUGGGAGACUUCGCGGCUCCGGUCCACUGCUUCCAGUGCCUAUUUACUGGACAUGCUGCCAAUGCCACGGUCGACAAUACCACGGUCGAAGCUACCGCGAGCUCUGUCGAAGCGUCCGCCGUGAGCUUGAUUCAGCACGAAGAACCUCGCACGGCGGGAACUAAUCCCAUUAACGCCGUCGAAGCGAACAAGGCCGUCUCCCCCAGUGGCUCCGCGAAGCGCGAAGAUAGUACUGUAUACUGCGGCUGGGGCUACACCGAAAAAGGUCUCCGCGGCGAAGCGAUCCCGAUCACCGACUCGAGUGUACAACUUCGUGGGGGCAAAACGCUGAAUAGUGCGAUUGUUAGCCGAGGCUACAAGGUUCUUUUCCUUAGUGAUCCCGAUUGCAGGAGACUCGUGGGAUACUGGCUCGACGCAGGCGUGUUCCAGGGCGACUUUCCUACCGGGAUUAGUUGCUUUACGUGCUACCAACCUCCGGGUGCAGAAGCUAAUUCUAUCAACGUCGAAGAGGCCGGUAUUGCGAGGAGCAUAAUAUCUACCACCGCGUUGAGCAAGCGCGAUGGCCCAGACGACCCUUUCGACAUCAGAUACUGCGGUUGGGGUUACAAUGGUAAAGGGCGUCGAGGCGACCAAACGUCGCUCCACGCUCCAGGUGGGGCCAAGGCAAUCGGACGCGCCGCCCUGAACAGUGCCAUCGUGAGCGGUGGCUGCGAGUGUAUCUUUUAUAGCAACCAAGAUUGCAACAAAAACAAAGGCUAUUCGAAACAGGUCCGUACAUUCCAAGGCGAUUUCGAGCAGCCCAUCCACUGCUUCCGUUGCAGCAUCUAUGCGAUGUCCAACAACAUCUCAAUCGCCGUAGCCAAGAGAUCUGAUACCGGCGUCAAUGGCACUCUUGCGGGUAGCUGUGGUCUUGCCUGGACCGAAAAGAAGGAGGCCGGGAAAUGGUUCUCUCUAGAGACUAAAGGAAAGCAAACUGUUCUCCCUCAGAUCCAGAGUGCAAGGAUCUCACCGGGAUGCUCCUGCAACUUCUGGACAAAUGCUAGCUGUCAAAGUGGCCCGUUCUCAUUGCACGGGCCUGGGCAUGGGAACCUUCCGAAGCGGGCCAAGUGCUUCUCUUGCCAGUACGACGGGACGAACUAUGGGCCUGAGACCGAGUUCAGCGUUGACUCCAAGGCUGCUAGCAUAUAA